AUGUUCAAAAUUCUCCUGAUUUCCUUGGCCAUCAGCACAGUCUUUUGUAUCUCACCAAAAGACCGUGCCGCAAAAUUCAUCGGCAAAAUCGAAAAAGCCUGCGAAAAUCAAUCAAUAAUCUGCCUCGAACCAUUUCUCCACCCAAAUUUUCAAUUCAAAACUGAUAAACUAGUUUUGGCCAAGGAAAAAUAUCUGGAAUUUCUCAAAUCUCUGGGCUCACGAGCUUUUGCGGACUACAGUAUCUAUUUGGAUAGUGCGGAAUUCGUGGAAGAUGGUGGAAAAAUCGAGGUUCGAUUCGAUGAUCCGCCAAAAGAUCCGAAAAUUCGAAAAAUACUCUAUCAAUAUUAUUUUCAAAUUUUUGUUGGCAAAGAUGGAAAAUCGGAUGAAUUGAUUUUGAUUGAUAAAACUGGCAAAAAUUGA